AUGGAUCAGAUCAAAGUAAUGAUGAAUCAACUGGUCGAGCGGUUACUGGCCAACAAACGUCCAUCUCCGACUGAUGGAAUGUUGAAUGCACCAAGGGAAGACAUUUUGAUUGCUGGUGGCUAUGGGGGUUUAAGUAAAACUGGCAAAAAUACAGUAAUAUAUUCCUGGGAGAAAAAUGGUUGGUUUGAUGUGUCGCAAAUGAAUGAAAAGCAUAUUACAGCUUCAUCAUUUAUCUAUAAUGAUCUUCUAUUUGUCGUCGGGGGAAUCGACAGCAAGACAAUAGAGACGUUGGACCUCAAUCAUUUACCUUUGAAAUGGAUGAAAUUUAUUGGAGAACUUCCAUAUAAGUGUGAUGAUCAUCAAACCGUUGUUUACCAGCAGCGUGUAAUCCACAUUGGUGGAUAUAAUUAUGGCCAAAAAAGACGGUCCAACAUGAUCAGUGAAUUGCAACUUACCUCACCUUGCACUAUGAACAAGUUACGCGAAAUGCCUGAGCCACGGGUAGGCCACUGCGCUGAGAUUUUUGAAGAUAAAAUCUUGAUUUUCGGAGGAGAAGAUCAUAGGGGUGCUUUGGACGGUGUGUUGGAGCUUGACCCGAAGAAGAACGAAUGUAAAGAGAUGCCACCGUUACCGCUUCGUUUGGCAAGAAUGGCAACAGUUCGUUGGAGAGAUCAAGUGGUUGUGUUUGGAGGACGUGAUAGAGACGGUCGUGUUUUGAACGAUGUUUUCAUGUAUGACUGCAAGACUGGCAAGAUUACAGCCUUACCACGAAUGCUGGAAGAGCGACACGGAUGCUGUGCAGUUAUUACUGGAAAUACAAUUGUAGUCAUGGGAGGUGAAAAUAUCAACGCCAACGAAAAAGUUCAAACUCUCAAUUCAGUGGAGUAUUUUCGAAUGGGAGGUUCUACUUGGAAGUAUCUUACUGCAAUGAACGAAGCCAGGUGGGGUGCCGUUGCUACCGUUUUACCUUCCACGAGAAAAUAUGUGUAA